AUGCCGACGCUCAACUCGUCCUCUUCCUUUUUGGGCCGACUUUCGGCCCGCUCCAGCUUCAUUUCAUCAAAGGAAGUCAAAGUCACCGUUCAGCUACUCAACGACGCCGACACUGUCAUCAAUGAGUUCAAGAGAUCGCAACCAGCUCAAGCGAUAUUGGACUAUAUCUGUGAGCUGAAGAAUAUUCGUGAAAAGGACUAUCUCGGGCUUCGUUACCAGGACCAUAACAAUAUUGGGUGGACCUGUCACGACCAAUUUCGCAUAUCGCGAAACAAUUCAAAUGUAACCGAUUCCCUUGCUCUUCGAUUGCGCUUCCGCUAUUACCCAGCUGAGCCAUCACAUUUGAGAGAAAAUGUUAGCAGGUACCAGCUAUUCAUGCAGUUACAGAGGGAUCUGCUUCACGGACGUCUCUAUUGUCCACAGAACCAGUCAGCCGAGCUAGCAGCUCUCAUCCUGCAGGCCCAGCUGGGAGACUACGACGAAUCUGUACAUGUUGGGAACUAUGUGUCGCAGUACAAAUUACUUUUGAAACAGACGCCACGUUUAGAAGAACGGAUUGCAGAAAUACACAAGUCAUUACGAGGCAAAUCGACCUCCGCGGCCGAAUUGGAGUUUCUAGAGAAAGCGAGCCGUCUUGAUACAUAUGGCUUUGAUCCAUACACAGUUAAGGACCCGAAGGAUCCCUCUCAUGCCGUCUAUCUAGGUGUGUCGCAUAAGGGCAUACUGAUUUAUCAUGCCAAAUAUUGUGUGGUAACACCUGUUUCAUUGAAAAUCCCAAUCAUCGAAAAACCUGAUUCUUCGGUACUUUCGAAAUUUUUUCAGCUGCAAGAUCGCAAACCUCGUCUGGUGCUUAAAUAUCACUGCCCAUCUGGUACAUUUGCGAAACACCUUUGGAACCACAUCUUGAGCCAACAAGCAUUCUUCAACGAACAAAGCGCUCUAAUGAUCAAACCGAAGUUCUCAAAGCCGCGAAUUCCUCUUCUCUCACGAGGCUCUACAUUCCGUUACCCUUCACGUCGAGUUUUGCGUGAGAUUGAGAAUACCGACAUUGUAUCGGAUACGGAGGUCACUGCAAAUGGGUUAGUGUUAAUUACCAAUGUUCUACCAGUGCUCUGUAAAUUUCAAGCACCUCUUUUACCACCUUUUUCUCCAUUUGUACGCUUUGAGUUGCCUCGCCAAGAGCCACGUGGAGAACAGCCUUGGCUAAACAAGUAUCAAACCCUACCGAACAUGAAGUUGAACUAUAACAAUAACGAGAUCAACAAAAAGGACCAAAACAUAGGCGAGGAAGUAGCAACAGGUGAAACGAACCUACCAUUAAUUCAGUUUAUGGCCCAUUAG